AUGGGCUCUAUCGGUGAUCACUAUGAGCCAAAGGCUCGAAAAGCAGCUAGUAUGGGACGGCAUGUUCCUUAUGAGAUCAUCGAUGAGCCAAGCCGCUCUCGACGCAAGAUCCGAAUUAUUGUGAUCGGAGCAGGCGCAAGUGCGUUAAAUUUCGCGCACGAUAUUGACCAGAGUACGUUGGACAUCGAGUUAGUGCUCUAUGAGAAGAACCCCGAGGUUGGUGGUACUUGGUUUGAGAAUCGUUACCCCGGAUGUGGAUGUGACAUUCCCUCUGUGAAUUAUCAAUUCUCAUGGGCGCCUUCUCCCGACUGGACCUCAUUUUACUCAAGCGCGCCUGAGAUAUUGGAGUAUUUCAAAGGCAUCGCGGACAACUAUGGGCUACGCAAAUAUAUUCACCUCGACCACAGAGUCGUGGGCGCAUCGUGGGACGAAGAUAGCGAACAGUGGCAGGUGAAGAUUCAAAGGGGUGACAAUCCAGCGAAUGUGUUAGAGGAUCGAUGCCACAUCCUAGUCAACGCAUCCGGGGUCUUGAACAAGUGGAAAUGGCCUGCUAUUCAAGGCCGAGAAACCUUUCAAGGGCCCAUGCUUCAUAGUGCGCAUUGGGAUGAUCAAGUGGAAUUGAAAGGGAAACGCGUGGCUGUGAUUGGUUCAGGGUCCUCAGCGGUACAAAUCGUUCCGACUAUUCAACCAACGGUGUCUUCCCUGAAAUGCUUUAUCCGUAGCGCCUCUUGGGUGACUGCAGGAUUUGGUCAGCGCUUCGCGGGAAAGGGAGGGACGAACUUCAAAUAUACUGCGAAGCAGAAGAAUAUAUUCCGGCACAACCCUCAGAAAUAUCUAGCUUAUCGUAAGAAGAUUGAAUCCGAGCUCAACUCUCGUUUCCGAUUCAUCCUUAACGGCUCGGAAGAGCAGGCAAACGCAAGAGCGUAUGCGGAGAGAGACAUGCGAUCCAAGCUCGCCCGUCGCCCUGAGAUUGCUGACCAUAUAGUGCCAAAAGAUUUUGCAGUGGGUUGCCGUAGACCUACACCUGGAAACGGAUACCUUGAGGCACUCUGCAGUCAGAACACUGCAGUGGUUUCAGAGUCGAUUUCAGAAAUUACCCCCAAGGGUAUUCGGACAGCAGACGGUGUUGAGCAUGAAGUUGAUGUGAUCGUGUGUGCCACUGGAUUUGAUGUUAGUUGGCGGCCAUCAUAUCCGACCAUCGGUAGGGAAGCCCGCAGUCUGAGUGAACAGUGGAAAGACAUUCCGAGGACCUACCUUUCCAUUACUGUUCCGAACUUCCCUAACUACCUCAUCUUUAACGGUCCCUUCGGCCCAUAUGGUCACGGGAGCUUCCUCCCUAUCACAGAAACCUUGUCCCGCCAUUUCCUCCAAAUUCUGGAGAAAAUGUCAUCGGAGGGUGUCACUUCCUUUGAGCCCAAAGAGGAAGCAGUCGCGGAUUUCUUUGAGCAUCAUAGAAAGUUCAUGCCACGUACUGCAUGGACAUCUCCAUGUCGUUCUUGGUUCAAACAGGGCACUGUCGAUGGUGAGGUGAUGAUGUGGCCUGGCUCCAGAAUUCACUUCUUUGAAACCAUGAAACAGCCCCGAUGGGAAGACUAUCAUCUACGAUACACCACAACAAACCGAUUUGGAUACCUUGGAAACGGGUUUGCCGCCCGCGAGUUUGAUGGAAGCGAUAUGUCUUGGUACCUUGGUGCUUUGGAAGGUAAUGAACAGGCAUAUCUCCCCGAUGAGGAUUUUGAAGAUUUCAUGGUCAAAUAA